UUCUCAUUGAGAUUGAUAUUUGAUAAUGACGCUCACAUGCAUUAUUUAAUCAAUUAAAGGGAAUGAAUUAUUGAAAAUCCAUUUCAUGCAGCAUGAUCUCAAACCUGAAAUGGAUAAUGGCACAUCAUAGAUUUGUACGUUUUUAUGUUCUUCAUCUCCUUCUAAUCAACGUGAUUUAUUCAAAGGUUUCCUCCGUCAGAGGCGGUGAGGAUGAAUACAUCUCAGCCGUCGGUGAUCCGGGGAUGAAAAGGGAUGAGCUGAGAUUGGCAAUAGAGGCAUGGAAUCAAUGCAAUGAGGUUGGAGAAGAUGUUGCCAAAAUGGGAAGCCCCAGGGCUGCUGAUUGCUUUGAUCUAUAUAAAGAUUCACCAUUUCAGCCACAAGUCCCAUACAUGUUAGUCCAUAAAGUGACAGAGGAGGAUAACAAGCUAGGAAUUGGUCGUUCGUUUCCUGGUUUGAGACAAGAAGCAAUGUCCAACCCAGACCUUUAUGCUUCACAGAAAGAACUCUACUUAGGCUACAAAUGUCAAGUGGAGGACAUACCAAGACCAUGGCAGUUCUGGAUGAUCAUGCUAAAGAAUGGCAAUAUGGACACCAAAGCAGCAAAGUGCCCCAAAAACGGCCGAAAAUCAAAGCCAUUUGGGCCUGAUAAAAACUUCCCUUGCUUUGGCAAAGGCUGCAUGAAUCAACCUCUGAUUUAUCACAACUACACAAGUUCAGAAGGGACUAAUAGAACAAUGCUCAAAGGAAGCUUUUACGGAACAUGGGAUUUGAAUUCCAGUUUCGGAAAAACUAGAAAGAACUCGUUUUAUUCUGUGAAGUGGGAAAAAGAAGUUGGAAAGGGAAGUUGGACUUUCCACCAUUUUCUAAGGACCUCUACAAAAUAUCCAUGGUUGAUGCUCUAUCUAAGGGCAGACGCCACAACCGGAUUCUCGGGUGGGUACCACUAUCCAACUAGAGGCAUGUUAAAAAUUAUCCCAAAAUCGCCAAACUUCAAGGUGAGAUUCACCCUGGACGUGAUCAAGGGAGGAGGUCCAAAUAGCCAAUUCUAUUUGCUGGACAUUGGGAGCUGUUGGAAGAACAAUGGCAAGCCAUGUGACGGAGAUGUAACAUCAGACGUCACACGGUACAAUGAAAUGAUACUAAAUCCAGAAACACCAUCAAAGUGCAAUGCCGCUAACCUAAAGAUGUGUCCUCCAUAUCACACAUUCCCCAACGGAACCAGAGUUCACCGAAGCAACACAGCCCAUUUUCCCUAUGGGGCAUAUCACAUGUAUUGCUCACCGGGGAACGGGGAGAAUAUCGAGAUCCCUUAUGUUCCUUGUGAUCCAUACAGUAAUCCUCAGCCUCAGGAGAUUUUGCAGCUUCUGCCUCAUCCAGUUUGGGGUGACUAUGGUUACCCUACCAAGAAAGGCGAGGGGUGGAUCGGAGAUUCAAGAACAUGGGACCUUGAUGUUGGUGGACUAUCUCAUUCCCUUUACUUUUACCAGGAUCCAGGAACAGGACCAUCUAUAAGAGAAUGGACAUCAAUUGAUUUAGGAACAGAAAUAUUUAAAGAUCCUAACCAAGAGGCGGAGUGGACUGUUACUGACUUUGAUGUUCUUAUUACUCAGUAAACCGAGAGAAAUUAAAACUAUCCUCCAUGACUGCUAACUGUUAUAUACCAUGAUAAAGUAUUUCUUAAUUGAGGGUAAGACAUCAUAUAUUCAAUAUUCAGGGAAAAUAACAAAAAUGCUUUUCUUGUAUCAACAGUGUAUUUCAACGGAACAAGAGACUAUUUAUCUUGCUGUAAGGUUUACAAGUAUGAAUUAUCAUUUUUCUUUAUAAAAUAUUUCACUAUAAUUACAUGGGUGUUUUUUGUUUCGACUAGAUUGAUAUGGCUUGAUGCCUAUGGAGGUUAUCGUUGCAAUGCAAUAAAAGGGGAAAAUGUAAUCUAGUGGGAAAUAUAAGGGUAUUUGAAGUGAUGCAUCAUUGCACUAAAUACUAGCGAUGGUUUUGGAGAUGGGGGUAACCCUAAAAGCAACAACAUUGGGUAAGAAUCUUUAUCUGGUCAAGUUUGAAUCUUUUUUGUAUAACCUUGGAUUCUGGUAAAAUAGGAAUAAAUAAUAAACAAAAAACAGUGAAGAGUAUACAAUAAUAGCUUUGGAGAAUGGAAGUAACCCCAAAAGUUCAAACUAACAGCAAAUAGCACUCUAGCAAAAGCUAUUUAACUUCUAGGGCUGGAGCCAGCAGUGGCGUAUCCAGGAUUUUCGUUGAGAGGGGGCAAAAUAACAUUAUGAAGAUUAUUAUCAUAUGCAUUUCACAAAUAAUUGAUUAUAUUAUGAAAGUGAUAUUACAAAAAUGACUAUAAGUGUCAACUCUUAAAUAAAAAACACGACAUAUUUUACUUUUCAUUUCAUCUAAAAAAUAUUUCACGUAUCUUUUAAGAAAUAUUUUUUAUUGUUGACAUUAAAUCACAUUUAUAAUACAAGUAAGAUAUAUAUUAAUCAUAUAAUUUGUACAUUUAGAAAUUUUUAGUUUAAAGUGUCAGUAAUUUCUAUACUAAAUAAAAGAAAAGAUUAAGACUAGACCGACAGAGGUAUUCUGAAUGUAGUAAAAUUGGGGCAAGUUUAAAGUGUCAAAAUGAACCUAACAAAAAAAUGAAAGAAAAGAUUGAGCUACAACAACAAAAAUAUUCAAAACUAAGCAAACUAGGGAUAAGUUUUGAAAAGUAAAAUGACACUAACAAAAAUGAAAGGCCCUUAGGUCGGUGGGAAAUGAACCCACACUGUUUAUCUAGACUAUCAAGCCAUCCGCCGUUGUGCCAAUUUCGUAACUCAAUGCUAAAUGGAUGUUUAUGUUGGAAAUAUGAUGAUAUAAACAUUAUUUUGAGGGUCACUAUUUUGUGUCCUAAAGUAUGAUUGUAUUAAAUAUGGAGAGGAGGCUGAAAAUACAUCAAAGCACAACUUACAUAUUUGGAUUUAAAUUAUAAUUAGAAUCCAUAGUUGUAAAGAUUGUAAAGUGAUGUAUUAAAACAACGAAUUUAUUUGUUCCAUAUUAGAGGAUGAAUUAUCUUGUAUGAUUAUUUAUAAUCAUUGUAUGAUAAGGAACAUUGUUCAAGUAUCAUAUAAAGUGAUGUGACAUUCUAAUUUCGCUUGUAUGCCAGGUGAUGGAAUUGAUGUCGUAAUUCACGAGACUCUCUAAAUGUGUGAACAAUAAAAUAUGAUAGCUGAUAGGAUUUUUAAUUUGAAUUUAAAUUCAAAAUAAUUAUCCUAAAUGCUAUUAACGAGAUCAUUCAAAAUGGAUACGUUAUGCCGUUUACUCUCAUGGUUUAUUACGAUGUAUUUGAUUUCCGUUGAAACACUCCCUGCAUGGUUGUCCCUCAUUAAUGUUACGUAGUAUACUUUAUGUAUAUGCAUAUCAUUAUAAGGGCUGGUCAUCUUUUCAAAUGAAAGCAGCACCAUUCAUACGUAAGAGCAAAACACAAGUCUUGAUAGUGAUAUACGAACAUACCUUCUCUACCACUUUUUGACCUUGAAUUUCAUCCGUAUUUCUUUUGCUUUCCAAAAGAAUUCAUAAUUCUUGGUCUUAACUUUCAUACAUUGUUUUGAGUUAACUCUAUCCAUCGGCAAAUUUGGCAACGGUCGAAGGUUUCAGUCAAGGUAGCUAUAAGUCUGAAACGUGGUAGGAUUAUCCUGGGAGCGAGCUAGCCAGACCCGUCCGAAUAGCUAUCGGGAUACGGGGGCUAUCUUUCUUCAAGGCCAGUCCGUUUUUACGGGCGAUCCUGCGAUAAGUUUUCUUAUCCCUUUUCUUCAUUCAAUUUACUUUAUUCUAAUUAUUGUUAUUAUUAUUUCAUUCUUGCAUUUGGCGGUUUGUCUGGUGAUUUGUUUAAACUCGGGAUUUUUAUCUGGUUAAACUCGCAUUUUAAUAUCACUUUUCUAACAAUCUUGAAGAAAGAUAUUAUUUCUCGAGUUUUGGAAAAUCCAAAAAUGGCAAACUUGGAAAAUGCUGUUAACACUGAAACUGUUGGUUUAGAGCAUGUUUUUGUCGCCCCUGAAAAUGAUAAUUCUGUGUCUGUCACUAAUUCACAAGGCACACCUGAAUAUAUUGCUACGGGCUCGCACAGGGUGGAUUUAACCGGAAUGCCCGAAAAAUUUUCUGGGCAUUUUUUCAAGCGUUGGCAACAACGCAUGAAAAUUUGGUUAAUCACCAAGGGCUUGCUUUCAGUGAUUAUGACGGUGUGUCCUCCGGUUGUCGAAUCUGAUCCCAAAAGUCUUGAACGUCAUGGACUUUGGCUUGAGAGGGACGAAAUUGCAAAAGGCAUGAUUCUCAUGGGUUUAUCCGACAUGUUAUUUGAUGUCUAUUGUACCCUCCAUGGGACGGCCAAAGACCUUUGGGAUGAGUUAGAUAGAAAAUAUAAUACUGAUGACCACGGUCUUGAAAAAUAUAUUGUUUCUAAAUUCCUACGAUUUGACAUGAAAGAAGGAAAAUCGGUUUUAGAACAGACACAAGAAUUUGAGCUUAUCUUACAUUCUCUUCGUGAAGCAGACAUGGAAUUGCCUGAAAAAUUUAAAGUGAUGGCGGUCAUAGAAAAAUUUCCCAAAUCAUGGGAAGAUUUUGGUAUGACUUUAAAACAUAAAAUGGAAAAGAUCACUUGGAAAUCUUUGAUGCAUUCCAUUACGGUUGAGGAGGAACAUAAGAAAGCGGGUUAUAUUGCGCCUGUUGAAUUUCAACCGAAGGCUCAUGUUAUAACUGGGGGAAAGCAAGCACAUAACUCUAAAAAUAAGCAACCAUCAUCUUUUAAACCAAUAAAGGCCAAAUUAAAAAUUGCAAAGAAACCAAAGGCAAACCGACCAUGCUGGAACUGUGGACAGAUGGGGCAUUGGGCAAAAUUAUGUCCAAAUAAAAAGGCCAAGGCUCAAUCUGGGGGACCUCAAGUCAACAUGGUGACUGGAGGGAAUAGUUCUAAUGGCCUGCGGUUGGAAGAACAGUGAUGAUGGGGAACACAAGUGCUGCAAGUGUGCAAGGAAUUGGAAAAGUAGAAAUAAAAUUCCCUUCGGGAAAAAUUCUAUCUUUGCAUGGAGUGCACCACGUUCCCGAAAUUAGAAGGAACAUUGUUAGUGGUUCCAUUCUAGUUAGGGAGGGUUAUGAACUGUCUUUUAAAUUAAAUAAAGUUGUAAUUUUAUUUGGUGGAACUUUUAUUGGCAAGGGUUACUUGUCUGAUGGACUUUUUAAAGUUAUGGUUGAUUAUUUAGAAUUAAAUUAUGUAUCUGAGA